AUAAAUUUAAAAAUGGAGAAGUUGUUGCUCAAUUAAAACAUUCCAUCGUUGGAUCUCAAAAGCAAACCAGUAGUUGAGUACUUUUUGGCCUUCUCUUAUGUAAAAAAAAAAGGAUAUAUAGGGAAGAGCAAAUAUGGAGUUUUCCUCUGUUGAUCUUACCUUUUUCCUGCUGUAUAUUCAUUCCCCCCCUCCUCUCCUUCCUUAUUUGUUGUUUGCCAUUUUUGUUUUCAAAGGUGGAAAGAACUAUUCUGCAGCUAUUGGGUCGUUUUACAAAGAUAAUUAGUUUAUCGGUCUAGUCUCUAUAAAGAGAA